UCAGUUCGACGUGAUUCUCAUGACAAACUUGUAUGGUUCGAUCGUAUCGAACGUCGUGUGUGGCCUAUUCGGUGGCGCCGGCCUGCUCUCCGGCAGGAACUAUGGUGACCACUAUGCUGUGUUCGAGCCCGGCACCAGAAACACUGGCACAGCGAUAGCUGGCAAGAUUGUCGCGAACCCAAUAGCUAUGAUUAACGCUUCCAUCGAUAUGCUAGAACACCUCGGUCACCACUUCCAUGCUGACCUGAUAAGACGAGCUGUUAAUAAGAUAAUCAACGUUGACAAGGUCCUCACCUCGGACGUGGGUGGUACAGCCUCAUCGACGGAAGUGGUCAACAACAUUAUGGCCAACAUUAUACCCGUCGCUAAAGAAAGGGAAGCUAUCGUAUUAUAA